AUGUUGAGGGCCUAUCUGGAGUACUUGAUGAGCCAAGUAUCUACUCCCCAAGCAAAACAACGUUUGCAGAAUGAAUACCAACAGAUGAAGUACUUUGUUGAGAAUUUUAACUUUGUGGUAAGUCCUUAGCUUAUGUCCAGGCUUUAAUAGAUGUGAUUAGAAGAUAUGGGACAAAUUAAUGUAUUUUAUCACUUGUGUUAACUUGCUUUAAAGUCAUCUUAAUUAGCCUUCUUAUAAACACAUGCAUUACCAAAAUAAUAUAAAUAUAUUGAUUAUUAUGCUGAUAUGAGUUUUAAUAUAUAUAGGAGCCACAGGAAGUCAUCCUCAAUCAAUAUGCUGAAUAUCGCUAUCUGCAAGGCAAGCAAAAACUCUGCCUGGUCAAGGAAACAUUUCAUUACAUCUCGAUACUGAAAACCCUACAAUCUUUGCUCAAUCAGGCAGAUGUUUUAUGUGAGGUAAGCAUCCUAUUUGAUGUAUGUAGAACAGGGAAUAUAACAGGAACUGCAGAGAUGGGUAGGGUUAGGUUUGCAUUUUCUGAUGUUAGCGCCCCCUCCCCCCCCCCACACACACACACACUUGUUAGGAUGCUGUGCAGUCCCUGUAUAGAGCAGCUUUCGUAUGACUGUGAAAAGUUCAGUGCCGUGAACGUGUCGUGUCGUAACGUAGGAUUUUAAUUGGCUGGAUUUUCUUUUUUUGCGCGAUGUGAUUGGCUAAGCAGUGCCGUGUCCGCGUAGUGACAGUGUCCGUGCAGUGUUUCGUGCCAUGUUUCUUGCAUUUGAUUGGACGAGGAGUGCGUGUCUUGCAGUGACCGUGAUGUUUUCUAGAUUUUUAAUUGGCUGACUCCUUCCCAUGACAUUGUUCAUGCCGUGAACGUUUCACAGUCAUACGAAAACUGCACUAAUAGUUAUAUUGAAACACUUCAGUGUAUGGGUUACAUGUUUUUAUGGAGGAACUUGGGUGUGGUGAUUUGGAAAACUCUUAGUUUUUGUGACAAUUUAGAUAUCAUUUUGAAGUUGACAAUAUUGAAUCAAUACCAUUAUUUUACAUGACAGUCCCUCUAAUAACAAAUUACUUGUGGCACAUUUCAAUAAUUUGGGUACUUUUUAGGUUAUGAAUGGUCAUUCCUCAAAUGAUGGAAUUCUAAGAGACUAUUGUGAUAGUGAACAGUACAAAAUGCAUGCUCUUUUUGGACAACCUGGUAAUGCACUACUUCUUCAUUGUUACUAUGAUGAUUUUCAAGUAACAAACCCGCUUGGAUCAAAGACAAAAAAACAUAAAAUAGGUAUGCUUUUCAAUCAUGUAUUUACAGGCAUGUAA